AUGUCGAGCGCAAACGGCAACGGCAGCCAUGCCAGCAAAGGCAAGAAGCGAGUCAUCGUCGUCGGCGCCGGUGCCUCUGGCAUGUCUGCGUGCCACGCCUUCUCCGCCUCGCCCAACGAGUUCGACGUAACCCUCUACGACAAGCAGUGCACGCUCGGUGGCUCGGCGACCUCCUAUCAGCUCCCCGACCCAGCCAAGUACAAGUCGCAGUACAUCAACGACGGUGUCCAAGGUGCCUCCCCUGUGUUCUACAACACCUUCAAGGUCUUUGAGCAUGUGCUCGGGUUCAAGGCUCAGGAGGUGGGCAUGCAGAUUUCGUUCGGAAAAGGCAAAGAGUCGUUCUGGUCCAACGUCUUCCCCUCCGAGCUCGUCGAGAAGUAUGCCAAGGACAUCAAGAAAUUCGGUACGACACUCAAGACGAUCAAGCGCUUCGAGGUGUUGUUCGCCGUCAUCCCCGUGCACAAGAUGUUGAAAAUGUUCGGCUUCUCGGACGAGUUCGGUGAGCGAAUGGUGUACCCCUUGGUCGCGCUCUUCUUCGGCACGGGCAACGAUACGAAGCACAUCUCGUCUGCCAUCUUGGAGCGAGUCUUCCUGGACCCUAGCAUGCGACUGUUCGAAUUCUCGGAAGACAGUCUGUUGGCUAGCGUGCCAACGAUGAUGGCGUUCCCGGAGCUCGCGCGUGUCUACGCAGCCUGGGAAGACGAGGUGACCAAGAACGGCAACAUUCGCAUCGAGACGAGUCGCGAAGUCACCUCGAUCCAACGCAACACCGCCCUCGCCCGCAAGCAGGGCGGCAACAUUCUUGUCACCUCCCGUCGCGUCGACAAGGACGGCAAGCCUCUCACCACCGGCGAUGAGGACGAACGCACCGAGGUGUUCGACGAGCUCAUUCUCGCCUGUGACGCAGACACGUCGCUCAAGAUCCUCGGUAAGUCGGCCACCUGGAAGGAGCGCAAGAUCCUCGGCUCCAUCGUCUACCGUUGGGACAUUACCACCACGCACAACGACUACGACUACAUGUGCAAGCACUACCAGAUGACCUACGACGCCAAGUACAAUGCCAAGAACCGGGACGACAAGGAGACGAAGGAGAAGUUUGAGUUUGCCGAGAAGAACUGGAAGCCGCUGUACCUGAUCAAGAUGUACGAGGACGAUCCGGCGUUGAUCGAGAUGUCGUUUGAUCUGACCAACUAUCAACCGCAAUUCUCGGGCUCUGGUCCGACGGGACCGAGGGAGCACGGGGCGAGGUCGCCCGAGUCUGCGCCUCCACGCGAGCGCCAGGGUCCCCAUGGCAAACAGGGCGAUUCUCAGGAGAAAGAGCUCUCCCAACUCCCCUCUACCGAUCCCAAAGACCUCAAAGAUCCCCCCGUCGAAGAUCACGUCUUCCAAACCAUCUUCCUCAACAAGGAACUCUCGGACAAAUGGACCAAGGACGAAAUUUCCAAGGACAAGAUCAUCCUCGAGAAGUGGUGGAAGCAACAAUCGCAUCGUUGGACGCACUAUGCCUACGUGGUCCCCUGGCUGUGGCUGAUCAACAACGCCAACCACACCAACUACUGUGGUGGCUGGACGCUGGUCAAUAUGCAGGAGAUCGCCAUUGUCAGUGGUUAUGCGGCCGCAGUUGCUAUUGGGGCAAAGUAUCCGUUCGAGGAGGACAAGGAGGCUGCGAGGUUGUUCAACUUGUAUAAUGCGUUGGCCCAUUUGAGCUUUAAGAACGCCAAGAAGGCGUUGAAGGGUUGA